AUGACUUCUUUUACUAAAAUCUUCGUCACAUUAAUUGCCAUUAUUUCCUUUUUAUCUUACUUUGCCGUCAGUUUGCAUAUUCCUGUAUCCGAAACAUCAGAAAGCCUCGAUGGUAAAACUCUUCUUAGAGGUUUCUGUGAAAAGUUAUCGGAAGGAAAGAUUGAGUGCAUUUGCUCUGAUAUACAAAAAGUUUUAAACGAAGACACCUGUGACGCGACUGUAUCUGCAUCUCUCACAACUAUCUUAGGUAUUAUCCGUAAAUCCCAAUGCACUAAAGAAGGAUCAGAAUUGACUUGUGAUGAAGCUGAUCAACUUAAAGAAGUAUGCGCUACAUGUGAUUCUGUCUCUCAAACUUCCAGACUCGCCAAAGGAACAAUUAACGGAAAAAAACAUGACGAAGUUAAAUUUGCCAAUGGAAAAAUUGAUGAAGAAACCGCCAAAAAGAACGGCAAGAAAGAAA